GGUAACCCUGCGUAUUUAAGCAGGUGUGACUGAAGACUGAUCUUCUUUUUGAUUGAAACAGAUAUGAGAUAGGCUGGAUUGGGCUAGUGAAAGAAGGAUUUGUAAAGCUCAAGACAUGUGUUUUGGAAGGUGUGCUAGGUGUGUUGGGUACAAGUUGCUCAUCCUUGCCUUGCUCAGCAUUGUGGCCAACAUUUUACUUUAUUUUCCCAAUGGUGAAACAAGAUUUGCUUCAGAGCAUCAUCUCAGCAAAUAUGUGGAAUGCCUUCAUGGCAUUCUAGGUGGAGGUUUUUUGGUUCUCAUUCCGGCCGCCGUGUUCAUUGGGCUCCACGACGACUGCUGUGGGUGCGCUGGCCGGGAGGACUGUGGGAAAAGUUGCGUGAUGCUGUCCUCGGUUCUGGCAGCCUUUGUUGGGAUCCUUGGUUCUGGCUACUGCAUCAUCAUUUCAGCCCUGGGCUUAUCCCAGGGACCGUACUGCUUCACUGCUGUAGAAAGAAACUGGAUCUAUCCUUUCACUGAAUCCUCGGGAGGGUACUUGCUUGAGUAUAACAAGUGGUCUCAUUGUCAAGAACCGCGAAACAUCGUACAGUGGAAUGUCACCCUCUUUUCCAUUCUGCUUGUCUUGGGAGGAAUAGAGUUCAUUCUGUGCUCCAUACAGAUAAUCAAUGGCAUUCUUGGAGGAAUAUGUGGGCUGUGCUGUGGUCACGAGGAGACAUACGUUUGCUAGGAAACCUGAAAGUGGAUCGAAGUUGGUGCAUUUGUGAUGCGUUGAGUAUCCUGGGGUUUUUUGUUUGUUUAGUGUUGAGGGGGUGUUUUUUGUAAUAUUGCAUGCAAACUAGGAAGCAAGUUGUUUGUUUUCGGACUGUACUGUCACCAUCAACUUAACUGACCUGGUACCAGCCUCUGUUGGUGGAAUUGUGCUUUUCACUGCAUCUAAAGGCAAAAUGAAUCCUGAAUUUCUUUGGUUCAUUUCACCUGAAUACAGAAAACUGACUGAACAUGUGUGUCAAUAUAGGUACUGGCUCUUUUCUCUACUGACACAGCAGCUCUGUGCUGUAUGCUGCUUUCCCAAUAAAGCUGUACUUUAAUUCUCAUGGUGGAUUGAAGAGAAAACUAAUCUAGUCUGACCUGGAAAUACAUGAGUACUCACCUGGAGCAAAAACCAAGCAGCAGUAUAAAAUAUGCAUGACCAAGGGCAGGUGCAUGUACUUCUCCUUUUCAGGUGAGAGCUGGAAAAAAAUUGCGAUCAAAUAAAAUGUGGAUUGUUCAGAACUUUUCCUGUGUUUAACAAAUAAAGAUUCGUUUUAAAAAUA